AUGAUUAAUCAACAACCACCAGAAGAAGGCUUUCCAACACCUUCACAGAACAAGAAACAACUUGAGAGGCCAAUCAAGAAGUGUUCUAAUAUGUUGACCUCAUCGUGUUCCUUGAAAUCUGUCCCUUUUCAAGGCAUAGGACUGAGAAACUAUAGUAAGUGGAGUGUCCCCAGUCUAGCCAGCACUGAAAUCUCAGGAAGGAAGAAGAGCAAAGGAAUCAAAUCAAACUUUUUUGGAAUAGAGGUCUUGGACCAUCUUGAAUGGCUGAACUGGGAGCCGGGGAUAGAAUCCACUAAACAUAUAAUCUUAAAGAAUGUACAGUUCAAAACUCAAAAACUCAAGUACAGACCUCCAACUACUGAAUUCUUCACCACACUGUUCCCACAGUCAGUGGUCUUGGGUGCAGGGACCUCUUACUCUCUGCCAAUCACUUUUUGUGCUCUUGAGCAGAAAAACUAUGAGGAUCGCAUUGUGUUUGAGACAAAAGCUGGGUCAUUUACUAUUCAGCUGCGUGCUUCUCUGCCCUCCCAUGAUCUGGAGAUUCCCGAGUGGCUGUGCAUACCACCAUGUGCAGUCUACGAAAGUUCAGAGGUCGCAUUUUACUUGCAUAACAAUAGUCCGCUUCCCACAAGCUUCCAUUUUGAAGUGCCCAGUCCUUUCUUUAUCGUGCCAUCUGAUGGCAUGCUGCCACCGUGGGAUGACUACAAGGUUAAGGUUCAAUUCCGACCAGAGAUCCCUAACAUAUUUGAUGUGAUUGCUAUCUGCAAGUUCGGAGAUGAUGAAAGUAAGAAAUACUUAAAGCUGGAAGCAAUAGCCAAGUACCCUCAUCUCCUGGUGAGCGCACUAAAUGAACAGUCACAGACAUCCUCACGGGAGGAUACACAGAGCAUCUUAAACUUUGGACACGUUGCUGUUGGCAGCACAGUUAUGAAAUAUUUGGAGAUUCAUAACUUCUCUGUGGUGAACAGUUCAUUUCGAAUCGUGCAUUACCGGCCCCCUGCACCACUCAUGUCGGAAUUUGUUUGUGAGGUCAGUGAGGGCACUGUCCAAGCCAGCAGCAGGUUCCAAGUCCCCAUUAUGUUCACUCCUCAGACUGUUGGUACUCAAAGUGUUGAUUACUUCUACGUGAUGCGGCCCAACAAUAGCUCUACAUCCGUGCUGAAGGCGAUUGGAUCAUGCAAAGGCCCAGUGGUGGCACUUGCACACCUGAAGCUGAAUUUUGGAUGUGUGUUUCUCGGAGAGACAGUGACUUACGUUACCGAAAUCAGUAACACGUCAGAUGUACCAACGUAUUACCACUUUGAAAUUGACUGCAGUCAGAGCGUGUUUGUCAUUGACCGACCAUGCGGCGAGCUGGGAGGGGAGUCAACAGAGAGGCUGAGGGUAACAUUUCGACCCUCGCAUGCCAUAAACUACUACAGAAGAGUAGCUUGCCUUAUUCACCAUCAGGAUCCUUUAUUCCUGGAUCUAAUUGGCACUUGCCACUCAGACCAGUUGACGCCAGCAAUUCUGAAGCCCAGACACAUUGAGUUGUAUCGUACCAACAUGGUGCGUGGACUGACAUUCUACCCACCUGACAUAUUGAGUCUGAUGCUACAGGAGGGCAAACUGCAGCUCGAUGCUGAUGGCACCCUGAUUUUGGUUCCUGAUCAAUGUUGCAUGAUUGUGGAGAAUAACAACAAUGAGGACUGUCCAAAGGCUCCAUUAUUGUUUCCCAAUGUUCCUUCUAUUGUUGAGUAUUUUGAUGAUGGCAUGCAAAAUGAUGUUACCAUGUUUCCACCUCAUGUCUCAGUCAGUGAGAGGAAGUUAGAUUUUGGCAAGUGCCUGGAGCUCAACCAGAUUAACCCUCUUCCUCUUUCAAUGACGAAUCACACAAAAGGCAAGGUCACGGUCCUCUGGACAUCUCCACCAGGGAGCAUCUUCACUGUGGUACCACAAACCAUCGACAUCCCUCCUUUGAAGAGUAUGGCUUUCCGCAUCUAUUUCACUCCUGAUAAGCUGAAUAUGCUAUAUGCGGCUGAACUGGAAUGCUUUGCUUAUUAUAAGGUCAUACGCGAUUACCGUUUAGUAGAUGACAGGACGUUCUGUCCACCAUGGUCCCUCACAGUCAGUGUGCAAGCAAACACAUUCCAGCUGGGACAUGAGCAUUUCGUUCCCAAAUAUGUCCUCAAUUCUUUUGAAGUGGUGUUGCCAGCUGUGAAUGAGAAAGGAACGAUAUACAAGACCAUGCUGCUCAAGAAUACGGGGAACAUGCUCCUCACCUUUUCUGUGGAUGCACAGCAUGAAAGCACCAUCUGUAUCAAACCAGAUGUAGGUUUUGUGCUCCCUCAGACACAUCAGAUAUUGACAGUGCGAGGGACCCCACAGAAUGAGAGGCUUACUGGGCACACAGUGCUACUACAUCUGAAUGCCUCAGAGAAGUUCAAUCAGGAGAUUAAGUUGUAUUCCAUGGUCGAAAAGGCACAAAUAUCUCUGGAUGGAAAUGGAUAUCUGUAUUUUAAGCCAACAUGUAUUGGCACUUUAUCAGAACAACCCUAUCUCAUUAAGAAUGUGUCUCUCAUGCCACUGUACUUUCAGUGGAAGAUAUCAGCAGCUAACUCCAGGGUCUUGUCUGUUGAACCAACCUUUGGGAUCAUUCAGGCCAAUGAAGCAUUGACGCAGGUUUGGUCUUUCUACCCACAAGAACAACGGAAAUAUUUCCUGAAACCUUACCUUUUCAUAUGGGGAGUGAAAGGUCCACACUGCCCAGACCUAGGGAAAAAGAUCCGCCUCACCCUCCGAGUUAUUGGUGAAGGAUCAAAGGGCAGAAUAACGGCUGAGAAAGACCACAUACAUUUGGGAGACAUCCUGAUUGGCAAUAAUAAGUCAGAUGACCUUGUCUUGGUCAAUAAUGAGCCAUGCUCUUUGAACUUUGAACUGAAUGUCAAGCAGGACAUCACUGGACUGUGUGAUCCUGAUGAGGUUGUGAAAGAUCCGAUGGCUUUUAAAGUGAAAUAUCACACUGGCACAAUUCCUGCAAGGUCAAAAGUCUGCUUCCGAUUCACUGUCCGGCCUGUUCGAAGGCUUCGUUACACCUGGACAAUUAGCUCCAAGAUUCUCUCUGCUAAAGUGCUAGAACCUGAUGAAAGUGAGGAGGGAAAACCUUUGUGUCGUGUGACAGCUGAUGGAGUCUAUCCAAUGAUAUUCAUCUCGGAUGCUCGUUGUCUGGGGAGCAUUAAUGGCAUCAGCAAGCAGCAGCUCUGGCGCCUCUUCUCACUGGACACACUCAAUGAGUACCUGCAGCGCGAUCCCACAGAGGGUGAGCUGCUUUACCAAGUGCCAACCAGACACAGCUUGAGUCGAUGUCCCUCAGUGUCUACUCCAGUGAUGGUGGAUUUCAACUUUGGAGCAGCACCCAUCUGUGCAGAUCCAUCCAUUGUCCUGCUCAUGAUUGAGAACAAGGAGAUGACACCUGCUGACUGGGCUUUCCUGUUUCCAAAAGACCAACAACUGGACCUGGAAUACUGGGCUGAGACUGGAGAAUUCAACCCCACUGAGCUGCACGAGAUGAGGAUUGAUGAUAAUCGGCUCUUCACUGUGGAACCAAAAUCUGGAUGCUUGCUUCCUGGACAGCGAGAAACUAUUCAACUAACUUACAGGCAUGAAUAUACUGGCACUGAUCGGAUCCCUGUUGUGCUGAAACUUUCACACGGUCGUGAAAUUAUGUUAAAUUUUAUUGGCAUCACGGUGCCCAAAGAUCACUGCUACAUCCACUUCCUUGUCACUCAUCAUAAGUUUGCACCUGUUUGUAUCAGCACUUCCAACCCACCUAAACAGAUUUAUGAGCUAUACAAUGGAGGCUCGGUGCGAGUUAUAUAUGAUAUUCAGUUGGAUUCUGUGAAAGAUGUUAUCGAGCAGAAUUACAACCAUCCCAUCUUUCAGUGCCUGAACCCACGUGGAGAGAUCCAGCCAGGAAUGACUGCUUACAUUGAAUGGAUUUUCUCACCACUUGAGGCUCAGUCCUACUCGGUAAAUGUGCCCAUCCACAUCCUUGGUGGAGACUCUGCCUUGGUGACAUUCACAGGUAUUGGGUAUGAUGCGCGGGUACUAGGCAGCACUGCCUCUUUCAAUGACCCUUCUUCAUACUUUGGAGCUCCACCUAUUCAACAAGCACCAGUCCUUGGUCAGCUGAUGUUUUUGUCGGAAGAGCGGAUAUCUUUUGGAAAUGUUCCUGUCUUCACAAAAUCAAGCCGUAUGAUCUUCUUGUACAACAUUUCUGAGACAGAAGUUAUUUCAUACAGCUGGUAUGUGAUGUCGGUGCACAUCACUGAGGUGAGAGAGGUAUUGAAUGUUACUCCUAUCUGUGGUGUGCUUCAUCCUGGAGACAGCACACAUUGCAUUGUCACACUAAGAACGCAUAAAGACCCUUGCUUCUAUGACCUGGAUCUAAUCUGUGAGGUUUACUCCAAGCAACAGGUGACACGGUAUCAGAAGGAACUUCAAGACUGGGAGAAAGAGAAGGAACGGCAAGAAGUUGAAUUCACUAUCACAGAAAGAGGUCUGCAGGACAACCAACAGCCAGUAUUCCAAAGAGAGUGUUGCAAAGACACACAAAGAAGUCAUAGGAAGUCACGUAGGGGACCAAGCAUUAUGAAGUACAAGACACUCCCUCCAAUCAAGGAGCCGAAGGAAACAUGGGAAGGUCAACACAGUGAAAAGCCAAUCCCAGGAAUGUGGGCCAAACCAACGCCAGUUAAACCAUUCUUGCUACACCUAGGAGUUACUGCCAGAUCCCAUUCCAUGGAGGAGUAUCACAAGAACUUUCCAACAGAGGUUUCUAAGCACUACAUCUUGAGAAACCUUAUAUCAGAACCACUCUCAACAUCACAAUCUGAAAACAACAGGAAAACAUGUGGAAAAUCGGAUAAUAAUUCAGCUGAUUGCCUCUUGUCUGCCUCAAAAGAAGACUUAAAGCUGGUGACUGACAUCCUGUCAACAGUUCUGAGGUGUCUGCUGGAAGACAUUCACUUUCAGCGUGUACUAAUUGAAGGAACUGCCGAACCCAUCCCCUAUUACAGACAGUUCUGGAGUGAGGAAGGUGAAGAGUUGGCCAUGAAGAAUGUCGAACUUGCAAAAGCUAAGGAUGCAGAUGCUUCUCAUGUUCAUGAAUCCAACAAUAUUCAACCCAUAGAAAUCAAAAAUGAGCAGAUCUCAUCUGUACCAGUGGCUGCUGAUGCUGGUUUUGAACAGGAGCCAGACAGUUCUCAGGCAGCAGAUGCUGAUAUGGAAUUGACACUGACUGUGACAAAGCACAGAGACUCUGUUCAGGAUCAGGAUGUGGACAACAGCCAGCGAAUGGAAGGUGAAGGAGAGGAGAGCUCGACUCUAGCUGACAGCUCAGAUGAUGCUCUGAGCCAGGAACUGGAAAACACCCAACAGACAGAAACUGACGAUGAGUUGGCCUCGAAUAUACCACGGAGUCUCGAUGGCGUUCAGGGCCAGGAACUCGAUGACACGCAACCAACAGAAGCUGAAGAUGAUGUGAACUCGAUGAUGUCAGCAGCUGCUGAUGCAAAUCAGAGUUUGGAGCAGGCUGGUAAUGAAACAGAGGAAGACUGGCUGACCGAGGAAAUGCAAGCGUCAUUGAGUGCCAUUCGCAUGGAAGAGCAGCUUGCACGGAGGCGACGUCUGAAAAGACUCCCAGAAUUCUGUGAUCUCUUGGAAUCCAUUCUGGAGAACACGCUGCAGAACAUAAUGAUAGAAGCCAGCCGUGGGGAGGUUGUCCUUACAGCUCGACCCAGGGUAAUCAGCCUGCCUCCUGUGACAUCCAGAACUACUCUGGACCCUUUUAGCAUUCAAGACAUUUCACUGAGUAAGGAAGAUUUGGAUCACAGCAUCCCCUCGAGUGAACUUUUUGUUGAGGUACAGCGCUCUCACCCAGAGAGUCCUGAAGCACCUUUGAGCAUUGACUAGGACAGUGAACGUCGAUAUUCACAACGGCUUGGAAAUAAGAAAUCAGCAUCAAUUACAGUCAUGAAUGUGUCAACUGUAUCUUAUGGCAAAUUUUCGUUAAAG